CACCAGAUCGAACGGCCCAAGACAGCCCCAAAAGGCGCCUAAGAGGCCCCCAAUAUGGCCCAAAACAGCCCCUCCGUAGCCAUUUUGGCUCAAGAGUGCAUGUCGAAUGCCAUGUGCGAGCGCAUAGUUGUAAACGCUUGAAUCAUGUGCAGUUCUGGCUGAGUCAGAAGAACUCGUGUUGAGCGAACGAGCGAGCUUGUUUUGGAUUUCGGCAGAAGAUGGCCUUGGCUGGCUCCACCCCGCGGUUUGUCUUCCGCGGGUGCUCGCCAGAGGAGCGUGAUCCUCGCCAAACAGGCCUCCGCGCGAGGACGCCAGAGGUGCCGACGCCCGUUCGGGAUGCCAUCGAGAACGGCAAAGGUCCAAGCUGUUUUGUGCACGCUAGCAGAUCGGCCGUCACCGCCAUAUAUUACGCAACGAGCGGCACCAACUUCCUGGAUGGCGUCGUGGUGAAAAUAGACCUUGGGCACGAGGCUCUGAUUGGCAAGGUCAUCGACGUUUCGACGCAGGAUGGGGCGCGGCUCCAAGGGUUGACAGUUGAAAAUAAGGGCUACACAUUCGCUGUGAUGCAUCGCGAAAUCCUGGUGAACUGCGCGGUGCCGGCUUCUGCAAUUGUAGGGAUUUUUCGGGUUCGCUUGCCUACCAGUUUCGGGCCUUUCAAUUCGGUGCAAGACUUCCUGGAUGAGUUCUCAAGAAACAUGGACCGGAAACCCGCGGAGGACGCGAUUGUGACGCAGUGGUAUGGAGUAGACGCGUUCUACGUGGACGAGCAGGCCGACCGCUACCACUUCUCGAACAGGUGCUUUUACUGCGAGCCUCGGGCGGAGGGUGUGCCUGGGGAGGCCCCGCAGAAAGCACUCCGGGCUUGCAAAAUGUGCCUGAUGCGCGGAGCAAGCGAGUUUCUCUUGCAAGAGCCGCCGCAGCAACAGCCGCCGCAGCAAGCGCAACCCCAGACGAGGACAUAUUACAUCACGAGGACUGGGAAGAAGUUCCAUGUCAGGGCAGACUGCGACGGGCUCCGGAACGCCGCAAGAAUCUUGUCGACGAACGAGCGGCACCCUCUGAACCUUCAAGGAAAAAGGCUUUCUCCGUGCAACUUGUGCGCCAGAUGAGCCGUGGGCUGUACAAUCUCACUUGGCAGCCGUGCAGUACUAUGAUAGUAUCAUUUUAUACAAAAACUCAGCGAACAUUAUCCUGGCGAUGGACUUAACCAUAUGCAGUUACGAGUACCGCAAAGCAGGUUGCACGAAUGAGAGGGAACUCCCUAUGGGGCCACGAAGCGUGUGAGGAAUGUGCCGAAAUGGGUGCGGUGCCGCCAUGCGAACGCAGCCACGGGGGCCCUCGGUGGAGC